AUGGCACCAUCAGCUAUUUCCUCAUAUAUUCGCAGCCUAUUCAAGCAAUGCCGCACCUCGGACUCAUCAGAAAACUCGGCUGCAUGUCGCAGUAGUGUUGCCCCAGUCGCCUGUACAAACUCAGAACUUUCUGCGGUUGCUAGAGAACUGACAGGUCCUUCUAGGAUCUCCUUUCUGGAAUCUGGUCGUGCCAAACUUGCAGGCAAUCCGUACACACGCGACGGAAAUCCAGGUGGUAUCAUCAACGUGUCGUUGGCAGAAAAUUAUCUGAUGUACGAUGUCUUGCUCGAGAAGAUGAACAAGCCUGGCACAAGCGAUCUCUCCCCUAAGCUGUUAUCGUAUCAAUCGUCGCCAUACGGAACAAUGGAGACAAGGACUGCAAUCUGCAGUACCCUCACCAGAGAACUGAAGCUAAAGAAUGCCAUGGACCCAACCAAGAUGACUCUACAUGCAGGAGCCGGUGCAGUUUUGCAGAAUUUCUUUCAGGCGGUAUGCGAUCCUGGUGAUGGUGUUCUGGUACCAGCUCCAUACUAUGUUGGAUUUGAACGCGACAUUUCUGCUUAUACACGAGCAAAACUGAUAGCAGUUCAUUUCUCAUCGGCAUCACUGCAAAUCGAUGUCACGACAUUAGAGGAGGCUCGAAAGAAGGCAGAGAAAGAAGGAAUCAAAAUCAAAUCUUUAUUGUUAACGAAUCCUCACAACCCAUUUGGAACGAUAUAUAACGCCGAUUUGUUUCGGAGUAUUCUAGUUUGGGCUGCGUCCCGCAAGCUGCAUGUCCUUGUCGAUGAGGUCUAUGCCUUGUCAAGAUACGACCAACCAUCUUCGACGGAAUGGGUGUCCAUUCUAGAUAUGGAUCUUCCAGAUCCUACUCGUACCCAUCUUUGCUGGGCAGCUUCUAAAGACUUGUGUGCUAAUGGAGUCCGUCUAGGAGCCUUCUACACAUUCAACAAUCCAGUCAUUCUGAAAGCAAUGCAAAUGCUUUGCAUUUUUGCUAGGCCUUCGUCAUUGGCAGAAGCAUUUGUAAGGAAUAUGCUGGCAGAUGAGACGUGGUUUCACGAGUUUGUGGUGGAGAAUGCAGUCAGGUUGAAGUCUGCGUACGAAAGGUGUACUAGCCGGCUGAAAGAACAUAGUAUACCUUUUGUCGUCGCUUCUUCCGCAUUCUUCAUAUGGAUUGAUCUACGACGCUUCAUGAAAACGUCUGAGCUUGGAAGUGACCCAGAGUUAACGCUUUGGCAUAAAAUGAUUGAUGGCGGAGGUUUGGCUGGUUAG